AGUUAUAAUUCGAGUCCCAAGUUUGCCAACACUAUUCCUGGGAGACAAUUGGGUGCUAUUCAGCCCAUCAGAAGCGUUGAAGAAAUAGUCGCAUUGCUGGGACCUCCACCGUAUUCUUACGUGUUCAGAGAAGGGGUGCAAUCUCAGUCGCCGGAAUGCCUGGAUUGCAAUGCAAUGGUGGGAAAACCCGUGUGUGGCUCGGAUGGUCGAACCUACUCAAAUGAAAAGUGCCUCAAAUCGGCUGCCUGCCAAAAUGAGCUCAAGAAUGUAAGAACUGUGGCUGCGGGUCCCUGCAAGUUCACCUUCACGGCAGUCCCAUCGACCAAACCUACUCGAACCAACUUUACAUCUACGUCAAUUACUAUAGAGUGCCCAGCGAUUUGCUCGGACGACAAAAAAUUCGUCUGCGCUUCUGACGGCAUCACGUAUCCGAACGAUUGUCUGAUGCGAAUGGAAGCCUGUCUCUUUAAGAAGGCACUUCAAAAGUCAUUCGACGGCAAGUGUUCCGAAGAGGAAGACGACGUCGACAGUGACGACAACGACGAGGACGAAGACAACGAGGAUAACGACAACGACGUCGAGGAAAGAACCGAGUCUGAAUCUCAAAAACAACCCGAGUCUACGACCGCUCAAGCAGUAGCUACUACAAGUGGGUUUUCUCGGGAAAAAUCUGCUGUUUAUUUUUAA